AUGCCGGAUUCUGCCAGCACACAACAAGCAGGAGAAAAUACUAAACAGGCAGAGAAUACUGAAGCACCUUCAACUACUGCUGCAGUGAGUGUUUCAGGUGCAACUGGUGCGCAAACCUCCUCACCAACUUCAACUGCACCUACAAAGGGUGAUUCAACAAGGAACACACCCAAUAAACCGAAUACGGUGAACUCAACUACCACCACCACCACCACCACGACAACAACACUUCCUCCUGAACCUUCAAACAGCAAGAAACCAACCAAGAAGGGUGAUGCAGACAGCAGCAGUAUCAGUUCUGUGUGGGUGCGUGUGCCACUACUGAUUGUGGCUGUGUUGUUCUCUGCUACCGUGUACUGA